CAAUACCUGUACCCGCGGCGCGGAGGCGCCGUAAUUAAUCCGAGAAAACGUAUAGCAAGAGAGCUUCGUCCGACGCUCGGAAUAUUCAGUGGCGGCUGUCAGCGGGAUUGAAUGGUGCCCCUUCAUUAGGUUAUUGAGUCAUCGUAACGACGGUUGUCCAAGAUGCCGAGAAUAAAUUACUUCUUCUUCGUGUUCUUUAUUUUGCAAUUACUCCAGCACAUCAAGAGCGAUAGCUCCUUGACUUCCGAUAGAACCGAAGCCAGUUCUGAAGGACCGCCUCCAUCUCCGAACUGGCAAUCUCCAUCAUUGAUAGAAGUCUCGGCUGAUGGCUCGGACGAGAAUCCAAAUUCACAGGCAUCCCAAUUCAGUCAAGCCAAUGGAGUGUAUAUUCCGGCCGAAUCAAAGCACGAGCGAAAUGUUGACGAGGAGCACGAAAUCUCCGAUAUUAGUAGAGCAGUACUGGGGCAUUCGCAAAUAGAAGUCCCGCCGACUCUAGGAGGAUCUAGCGAAUCUGGCGAAUCUGGCGAAUCUGGAGGAUCUGGAGGAUCUGGAGGAUCUGGAGGAUCUGGAGGAUCUGGAGGAUCUGGAGGAUCUGGAGGAUCUGGAGGAUCUGGAGGAUCUGGAGGAUCUGGAGAGUCUGCGGGAUCUGGUGGAUCUGGUGGAUCUGGAGAAAACACGUCGUUUUCCGGAGGGUCUCCGAGCGAAAAACCGGAAGGCGAGGUAUCGGACGAAUCGCAGGAAGACACAGCCUACAGCUACAACACCAUCAAGAACCUCUGGCUGAAUUCGAUAGACGCAAAUUGCGGCUGGUUUCAUUUGGGACUGGAAUCCAAUUGUUUCAUCGAUUAUUUCUUAAUAGGGCCAGUCAAGUUCGUCGGCCAUUUGUUUGACUUUGUUGAAAGUCUGUUUUAAUUACAGCUAUAUGCAAGUAUUGAAUUAAGAGAAUGUAUUAAAUUGAGAGAAAAAAUAAGAGAGUAUAAUGAGUUUA